AAACAAACAGUCAGACAGUCAGUCAGUGCGGCAGUGCAGCGCAACAUGUCGGCCAUGUCGGGGAUGUCGGCGACGGCGAGCGAGCCCGGGGACGCCGCGCCGGAGCGCUCGCGGCCCGCGCGCUCCUUCCGCCUGCGCUUCGCCGCGCAGCGCGAGCCGGGCCGCUCCGACGUGUCCGCGGUCAAGCCCCUCGGCCUGCCGACUGUGGUGCGCGGCGGGAUGUACGGGCGCGAGUCGCGCGAGGACGAGGAGCGUGUGCAGAGCGCGCUGCGGCGCGUGCAGCGCAUGUUCGACGCCGGUCCUCGCGACAGGCUCGCCGAGCCGCUCACCACACAGCACGAGUAUGGCUGGUGGGGCGCUCCCCCGCCCGCGCCCCGCGACCCGCGCCUGGAGCACCACAUCCGCGACUCGGCCUGGCUCAAGGAGCGCCUGCGGAUAUUGGCCGCUGACCAUGGCCUGUGUCGCCGCUGACUGCUGGACUUAUGUACAGCACAAAUAUACAGUGGACUUUCGAUAAUGUAGCCCCUACCUAAUCUAGCACCUCUUGUUAAUAAUGAUAAGUAUUUUCAAUUUAACAUAUUAAUUGGUUCGUACAAGAUCAAAGAUGCUGCUGACUGGACCUUCAAUAAUCUAUUCCAUGUAUAAUCUGGCACUACUUCAUCAUUAACUCUUCUCAGACUAAAUUUUUUAUUUUAUUAACAUUUUUAUAAGAAUUUAAAAAAAUAUACUUUGAUUUUUAAAAUAACUGUGUUUUAUUAAAACCCGAGUUCACUGACUUCCAUUUAAACGGCGUACGUCCGUCCGUCGUAAUGGUCCGUCAAAUAGUAAACGUAGCUUAAACAUGGAACGUUUUUUUCCUGUUCACCAGACGCUUUUUGACUCUGGUAUGUAAACCGAGCGAUUGAGAACGGCGAGUAAACGAUCUAUGAACAAUUUAUUUAUUAUCUGUGACAGCAUUGCCAACUUGCGAGGAAUUCCCGAAAUGGCGAGGAAUUUCCCAAAUGGCGGGGAUUUUUCGGGAAAUUGAGAUAUUAUCUUUCCCCAAUUUGGGAAAUUUCCACUUCGAUUUGUAGGGAUUUAAUAAAAUACGUAUUGACAAUUAAUGACAAUGGUUGAUAAUUAUUUGCCAUAGUGAUAAUUUUUUUUUUUGUUUGGAAAUUGAAGUUGGUAGCCUCCAGUUGCAUAAAACCUCAUAGGAGUAUUUGAUUUACGGGAGACAAUGAAUUAUUUCUGAAGUGAAAAAUGAUAAAUACUCUUUUAUAAUUUUACUGGUCCUUUGCAUUUGCUAGUAGAGACAGUAAACUUCAUGAAACUCUAGUGUUACAAAAAAAAAAGGCCUGCAAAUAUAUCUGUCAAAGACGUCUUAACCAAGGAAUAACCGGAGUAUGCAAACUCAGUUAAGAUAAAACAUUAUAAAAAAGAAAACGUGAAUAAAGGUAGCGUGAAUAAGGAGCUUUUACUGUACAUAUGAUAUGAAUGUGUUAGCACUACAGAACCUAAAAAAAAAUAUUUUUGCAAAAUAUUUGUCAGAUUACAAGUAUAGUCGGUAUUUAACUGUUUAACCUUGUAUUUCCUGGUAUUAUUAAUUGGAGGAGUAGUUAUCUUGUAAGGAAAAUAAGACCUAUUGACAUUUUGUUCAUGUGUUCAUUGAAAUUAUGAGGUGUUAAUUUAUAACAGAUUAAGUAUAUUUUAUGAUACCCAACUGAUACUAUUAUGAUAAAGUAUAAAAAAGAUAAAAUGUGCCUACUUUAUCCAUUUAGUUUAAUCCUUAUUUAUAAUCACAAAUUUUUCAGUUUGUGGCAGUGACAUAAAUGGCAUUAUCUGUUUUAUGUUAACUUGGAAGUUUUGUUUUCACAGCAUCAAGCUACAGUUUUAGGAAACUUGAUACUCUGGAUUCUUAAGAUUGUUAUCUUGACAGGAUUCUGUUUGUCUUUUUGUAGUUUGAAAUGCUAAAAAGUAAAUUCUUAUUCAAAUUCAAAAUUAGGCUUAGUUUACAAGCACGUUUGAAUCAUCAAGUUAUGUCAUGAUUUAGGUGAAGUUAAUUUACACGAGCAGCACAUUGCCAACAGCAGCUGUUACUGCCACCAUCAAUUGCAAUUGGUGGCAGUUGACAGCAGUCAACUGCAGUCGUUGGUAGCAGUUGCUGCUUGUUUAAAUGAACCCUUAAUGAUAGUGGGUUGCAAACAUGCCUCAGUCUGAGAAGAGUAAUUUAAUAAAAUUAAACUGACUUCAAAAAGGGUGAAAUAAGUUUAUAUGCAAAUUACAAUUUGAGGUAGGCAACAACCAAGUAACACAGUAAAAUUUAUCUUUACUAAUGAUCUGAUCUGGCAUUAGAAAUAUAUAUGCAUAUCUGUUAUUUAUUAGUGAUAACAAAUAAAUCAUAGAUUAUUAAUUGCAAAUUGUGAUAGCCCAGUGGAUAUGACCUCUGCCUCUGAUUCCAACCCCUCUCACCUCUCUCAUGAUCAAUCAAAGAUUUGUUUUUGUAUGUGACAAAUAAACUCAAAAACUACAGGACCAAUUUGAAACAUUCUUUAACCGAUAGAAAGCUACAUUAUUAGAAAGUAACAUAGCCAAUAUUUUAUCUCAAUAUUUUAUCUCUGUAUUUUUGUUAUUUGGAAUGGAAACUAAGCAGGUGAAGCUGCAGAGUUCAGCUAGUUCCAAAUAUGAAGUCUCAUCUGGGCCCCUCCUCUAAAAGAUUGUUUGCAUAUUUACUUAUAAACUGGCAAAGUUUUGAAGUCACUUAAAUGGUUGUAAAUGACUUGUGUGCCAACUUUCAUAAGUGUAUGUCUGUUUGCAAUGCAUGUUUCCUCAAAAUGAGAAAUGAAAGAGAAGUCAUAUCCACAGUAGGAGAAAGUUAAUUAUGUUUGUCUUAUUAUUUGGCCAUUCCUUUAAUAAACCAAGAAUACAUAGGGCUCAUGUCACUGGAUGUGAUGCCCUCCAAGUCAUGACAACAUACAGACCAUUUGCUGAAUAUUUUUUGAAUAACAGAUUGCAAAAAAAAAAAAAAAUUGCUGUCGCAGUAAAAGAUAUCAUUCAUUAUGUUUGCCAUAAAUACGCCCAGCAUGCGGGCGUUCGGGCGGCGGUC